UGAACAAACUAUAUUAGUUCACUAAAUCAAUCAAUGAUUGGGAGAAUGUAUAUUCUAAUAUGUGUUGUCUCAUUCCGAAACUGAUUCCAUUUAUAGUCGUGAUCAUUUUUUGGCUUUUAUCCUAAUUAUGAGAGGAAUUUUAUGUCAAUUUUCUGCCUGCAGGGUACUUUUAUUGAGGGGAUUUCACAUCGUUCGUUUGCAGAAGCCUUGAGUGGCUGUCUCAGCAUUGGCUCUGUGUAUGUGAUUCGAGAGUUUGCAAUGUGUGAUCCGCAGGCUUCUUUUCGGGCAUGCAACUUCCAUCGGUAUUUGGUGAUCACUCCGGCAACAAAACUUGAGGAUGUAACCGCAAGUUCAAUUGAUUUCACUACCAAAUCAUUUCAGUUCACUCAAUUUAACUCCCUCCCUGCUCGAUCUUAUCGUUGUUCUUAUCUCACAGAUGUUGUUGGACGGUUGGUUUCGAUUAGUCAACCUGAAUAUGUAGAGGUCAAAGGAGGUAUUACUACUGUUCAGAAAGUUACCAUCAAAGAUCAU